GUCCAAACAGUUGAGUUUCGACAUCGCCAGCAUUCGCGCGCUUGCCUUAAAGUAGUUGGAAAAUAUCCAAGGAAUACAAGAAACAAUUUUUGGAAAUUUAUUCAAGAGCUUUGGUACAUUUUUAAAAACAAAUAUCCAUCAUGUCCGAGGCAGCAGCAGCUAAUGGAAGCCCCUCUCCAGCUCCCACCCCUGAGGUUCCCGCGGCCGAGUUGGCCCAAUUGGCUCUGGAGGAUGAGCCCAAGGUUAGCUUCUCGGAUCAGUUCAAGGCCUUCUCCAAGUUCGGGGACUGCAAGUCCGAUGGCAAGCUGAUCACGCUCUCGCAGAGUGACAAGUGGAUGAAGCAGGCCAAGGUUAUCGACAAGAAGAUUACCACCACGGAUACGGGCAUCCACUUCAAGAAGUUCAAGGCCAUGAAGAUCUCACUCAGUGACUACAACAAAUUCCUGGAGGAUCUCGCCAAGACGAAAAAGGUGGAGCUGUCGGAGAUCAAGCAGAAGUUGGCAGGCUGUGGAGCUCCAGGAGUUGUUUCUGUUUCGGCUGGAAAAGCAGCAGCUGCUGUGGAUCGACUGACGGAUACCAGCAAGUACACUGGUUCCCACAAGGAGCGCUUCGAUGCCACCGGAAAGGGCAAGGGUAUCGCCGGCAGACGGAAUGUUGUCGAUGGUUCCGGCUAUGUGAGUGGCUACCAGCACAAGGACACCUACGAUACCGCCCACUAAAUGGGGAAUCCACCGUUUACGUCCGCCCACCCUCUCUUAAAACUGUCUUUCUAACUUUUGUGUUUCCUUAGUUAAUGUCUCCCAUUUCGUUUGGUAGCUGCAAUAAUUUAUCUUUGUGUACAUAAUCUAAGUUUGUGAUAAUUUAAGUGCUUACAAAUAAAUUGAUAUAUUUUGAUUUC